ACAAUCUACUACACCUAGCGACUCUGGAAUACGACCUAUACAACCCCGCUCCCGCCGCUCUUGACCUUUUAAACAAAAUCCAGCGCCGCCGCGCGCCUGUCGCCCAUUUCCGCUUGCAAUGUCGACCUACAGCGCCCGUCGCGCACCCAACGUGUCGCAGUACAUCGCCAACCUGAACACGGUGCCCUCUGCUGCCGACCUGGCCGCCCAGCAGGAACUUGGAACUUUCGAUGAUGACCUGGCCAUGUUCACCAACACUCAAUUCUUCGACUUUGAUGGUGAUAUGCCCGCCUUCUCCGAGAUGCCUCAGCAGCAGUCCCCCGCCAACAUGCAGCCCGACAUGCACAAGCCCCUCGAUUUCGGAACUCAUGCCAACAACUUCCAGUUCCCCGACUUCUCCUUCCAGCAGUCGCGCCCUCAGACCCUGCCGCCCUCGCCGCCUAACGGUCUUGCCAUCGCUCCAUCGCCCUCAACCCGCCUGGAUUUCCCUGCUCAGCAUGCUCCUCGCAUGCCCCAGCCCCAGGCUGCCUUUUCCCACGCAUCCCCCCAAGUAGGCGAGAAGCGCAAGUCGACCGUUGCCGCCAUGUCAUCGCCCGCCGACCUCGAGGACGAAUCUCGCAAUGCCGCCGAGGAGGACAAGCGUCGCCGCAACACUGCUGCUAGCGCUCGUUUCCGUGUCAAGAAGAAGCAGCGUGAGCAGGCUCUCGAGAAGACCGCCAAGGACAUGUCCGACAAGGUCCAGCUUCUCGAGGCUCGCGUCAACCAGCUCGAGAUGGAGAACAAGUGGCUCAAGGGCCUCAUUACCGAGAAGAACCUCAAGGGUCCUCUCGCUGCAUCAGAAACCUCAGAGACCAAGACCGCCGAGACGAUAAUCGAUUCGUCCAAGAAGGGUGUCGGGACCGAGAACGAGGCGGACCAGACUGUUGAAGCUUGAUCAUGAUCAUGCCUGGACACGUCACCGCCGACUCCAAAUUCAAAAUUCGUUCUGUUGUUUCCUGACGUUCUUGUUUAACGAUGCCAUCUGACUUUAUACAUGGUCUGUCUAGUUGAGUGGAUUAUUAUUUUGGUUGGAUUAUAUACAUGCCGAAGUGCUAAACGUAUCUACUUGUUCACUUCUACAAGCGUGCUGACAGCCUACCCCUUGACGGUGACCACUUGGCGUAGGGGUGAUCUGCCGUUGUAGGCACAAGAUGAUCCACGUCCAAGCUGUUGAUGAGGCCAGGAUGAACCUCUGAGAGAUCGUUGAUGCCAACCAGCUUCAUACUUGUUUCAAGCUCAUCUUUGAGGA